GUCCCCGUCCCCUCUCUCUCGCGCUCUCUCUCUCUCUCUCUCUCGCGCUCUCGGGUUUUUGUAAUCCGUCGCCAUCCGCCGAAUUCGGGGGCAAAACGCAGGUUGGGGAGAUGGCGCGGUUCCUGACCCCCAUCAUCCAGGACAAUCCCUUCGGAUGGGGCCCGUGUGCCGUGCCGGAACAGUUCAAGGACAUGCCGUACCAGCCUUUCAGCAAGGGUGACCGGCUGGGAAAGGUUGCUGACUGGACAGGAGCCACUUAUCAAGACAAGCGGUACACCAAUAAAUAUUCCUCUCAGUUUGGUGGCGGCAGCCAGUACGCCUACUUCCGAGAGGACGAGACGAGCUUCCAGCUGGUGGACACGGCCCGCACACAGAAGAGCGCGUACCAGAGGAACAGGAUGAGGUUUGCUCAGCAGAGGAACAUGCGACGGGAGAAAGACCGGAGGCAGCUGCUGCAGUUUAACAUGCAGACACUUCCCAAGAGCGCCAAGCAGAAGGAGAGGGAUCGCUUGCGUCUGCAGAAGAAAUUUCAGAAGCAGUUUGGCGUGCGGCAAAAGUGGGACCAGAAAUCGCAGCUGAAGCCCCGCGACUCCUCUGUUGAAGUGCGGAGCGACUGGGAGGUGAAGGAGGAGAUGGACUUCCCCCGGCUGAUGAAGAUGAGAUACAUGGAAGUGGCCGAACCUAGUGACAUAGAGAGCUGUGGGGCCCUGGAGUUCUACGACAAGGCCUUUGACCGGGUCACCACCAGGAACGAGAGGACGCUGAAGAGCAUUAAGAGGAUUUUCCACACGGUCACCACCACCGACGAUCCCGUCAUCCGUAAGUUGGCCAAGUCUCAAGGGAACGUGUUCGCCACGGACGCCAUCUUGGCCACCCUGAUGUGCUGCACCAGGUCUGUCUAUUCCUGGGACAUCAUCGUGCAGCGCGUUGGCUCCAAGCUUUUCUUCGACAAGCGGGAUCACUCCGACUUCGACCUGCUGACGGUGAGCGAGACCGCCAACGAACCGCCCCAGGACGAAGGCAACUCCUUCAACUCCCCCCGGAACCUGGCCAUGGAGGCCACCUACAUCAACCACAACUUCUCCCAGCAGUGCCUCAAGAUGGUCAGGAAAGGCUCCGCCGCCGACGGUGGUGACAAAUACCGUUUUCCAAACCCAAACCCCUUCGUGGAGGACGAUGUGGACAAGAACGAGGUGGCCUCGGUUGGCUACAGAUACCGACGCUGGAAGCUGGGCGAGGACAUCGACCUGAUUGUCAGGUGUGAGCACGAUGGGGUCAUGACCGGAGCUAAUGGAGAAGUCUCCUUCAUCAACGUCAAGACGCUGAACGAGUGGGACUCCAGGUACUGUAACGGAGUGGACUGGCGUCAGAAGCUGGACUCGCAGAGAGGAGCCGUGCUGGCCACAGAGCUGAAGAACAACAGCUACAAGCUGGCUCGCUGGACAUGCUGUGCCCUCCUCGCCGGCUCCGAGUACCUCAAACUCGGGUAUGUCUCUCGCUUCCACAUCAAGGACUCCUCUCGUCACGUGAUCCUGGGCACACAGCAGUUCAAACCCAACGAGUUUGCCAGCCAGAUCAACCUGAGCAUGGAGAACGCCUGGGGCAUCCUGCGCUGUGUCAUAGACAUCUGUAUGAAGCUGGACGAGGGCAAAUACCUCAUCCUGAAAGACCCCAACAAGCAAGUGAUCCGGGUGUACAGCCUUCCCGACGGCACGUUCAGCUCCGAGGAGGAUGACGAUGAUGACGAAGACGACGACGAUGACGACGACGAUGCUGCGUAGGUCUCUGGAGCAACCACUUCCUGCCCCCAACCCCCCACCCCUUCCGACCCACCCCCCCAAACAGGGCGGGCAGACGGUGGGGGAGGGGGGAAAACCUAAGUCCCGAGUCCGAAUGCUCUCUGGGUUGGCCAGCUCUCAGCGCGCUCGUGCUGAGUGCUGAUGUGGACGGAGGGGGAAGGAGGCUGUGGACCUGUGUGAUAGUUGGUUGGGGGCGGGAGGGGGGGGGGGAGAGGAGGAAGAGUAUCUGUGAGGGUGGUCUGUGUCUCUUGUGUUGUAUCCGAACUGAAGGCUUCGCUGAGCCAAAUAAAUAUCGGCAAACGGACCUUUCCUCCGCA